GCUCAGCCUCAUUCCUUGAUCUCGCACCCACACAAGCUCAAGCCUUGGCUCAGGCUUUCAAAAGCCUUGCGUUGCAGCUGCGCCGGCAGAUAAACGAGCUUGUUUAGCUCAUGAAGCCACACCAAAUAGCCAUCACAGUCGACUCCCCUCCUACCACUCCGCCACGUACAUCCUCCGACUUUGAGGAAAUCAACUAUCCGUCACACUCUUCUGCAUCCUGGUCUGCAUCCCGCAGGGACGAGGAACUUCCCCUCCAUUACAUGACUGAGGACACCGCUGCCCGACGCAGAGUUCCCCGCGGGCCGGGCGCUGCUGUGGACGCCGGGUACGCUCAGCAAAACAACUGGGAGUACGAUGACGAGGGCAAGGAUGUCUAUGCAAAGGCCGGCCCUGCAAAAUUCUCCAGCGGGCGGGUCGCGAGGCGUGCCCCCCCUCCACCCCCAACAACAUUCCGAGAGUUCCUCGAGCAGAACCUCGAACAUCUUCCCCCUGCUAUCUACACACUCCUUUCCUGCUGGACCCGCUUCCACAAAAUCGGGAAAGCCAACUUCGUCGUCUGGGACGAGGCUCAUUUCGGGAAGUUCGGCUCGCAUUACCUCAAGCGCGAGUUCUACUUUGAUGUGCAUCCCCCGCUGGGUAAGAUGCUUGUUGGCCUGACUGGGCUGCUGGCGGGCUACGAUGGACACUUCGAGUUCAAGAGUGGGUCCACAUAUCCGGAGGAGGUGCCGUAUGUCGCUAUGCGCGUCAUGACCGCCAUGUUCGGUGUAGCCAUGGUCCCACUCGGAUGGUAUACUGCAGUGGAGCUGGGGCUGAGUCGACGUGCAUGCCAUUUGGUUGCGCUUAUGGUCCUUUGCGAUGUUGCAUGGUUAUGCAUAUCCCGGUUCAUUCUUUUGGAUUCUAUGCUCCUGUACUUCACCUUCACUACGGUCUUUUGUUUAACCAAAUUCCAUAAUCAGCAAUAUCAGCCCUUCUCGAUUGACUGGUGGUUAUGGCUUUCACUAACAGGGGUUUCUAUCGGUUGUGUAUCAAGCGUCAAAUGGGUUGGCUUAUUUGUCACUGCCUUGGUGGGGCUGUACACUGUCGAGGAUCUCUGGGAGAAAUUUGGUGACCUCCGUAUGUCUGUGCGAACACAACUCUGGCACUGGGGGGCCCGUGUCGCAUGCCUAAUCUUCCUUCCUAUCCUCGUCUACAUGGCAUGCUUCAAAGUGCACUUCUUGAUUCUAAAUCACUCCGGCCCAGGCGAUGCCCAGAUGAGCUCCUUAUUCCAAGCCAACCUCGUAGGCAACGAUUUCGCAACAAAUCCCUUGGAAAUCGCCUACGGUUCAAGGUUAACACUCAAAAAUUCCGGCUGGGGAGGCGGUCUCCUGCAUUCGCAUGUCCAGACAUACCCCGUCGGCUCAAAUCAGCAGCAAGUUACUUGCUACCACUACAAGGAUAUAAACAAUGACUGGAUAAUCACUCCACGCUGGGAUGAACCUGACAUUGACCCUAACGGCCCUAUCCAGUUCCUCCACGACGGAGACGUCAUCCGUCUUGUACACAGUGCCACAGGCCGAAACCUGCACUCUCACCCUGUCCCUGCCCCGAUCACAAAGCUCAACAAUGAGGUCUCUUGUUACGGAAACGCGACGAUCGGCGACUUUCAGGACUAUUGGGUCGUGGAGGUCGUCGAUGAUAUUAAGCAGGGGUCCAAGGACAAGGUGCACAGAAUCCAUUCGCUGACGACGAGACUCCGAUUCCGCCAUCAGGCUCAAGACUGCUAUUUGCGCGCGGCGAACGCCAACCUUCCGGAGUGGGGGUUCAAGCAGGUAGAGGUUAGUUGCGACAAGGAGAACAACGUGAAUGAUGUGCAUACCUAUUGGAACGUUGAGAGCCAUUGGAAUGACAGACUACCCGUCGGAAACACCAAGUUCUACAGCUCUCCGUUUCUUCGUGAUUUCUGGCACCUGAACGUUGCAAUGAUGACGUCCAAUAACGCGCUGAUCCCCGAUCCCGAUAAGGAAGAUAUUCUGGCCUCUAACCCUUCAGACUGGCCUCUCAUGCGUCUCGGUCUGCGCAUGUGCGGUUGGGGCGAUAAUCAGCCCAAGUACUACCUAUUAGGAACCCCGAUCAUAUGGUGGGGAAGUACAUUGAGUCUGGUGCUUGGCCUAGCUGCAUUGGGGGUCUAUGUUUUGCGCCAGCAGCGGCGAUAUGUCGAUAUGGAGCCCAGAGAGUGGGAUCAUUUCCUAUACGUCGGAAAAAUCGCUUUGUUCGGUUGGAUUUUGCACUACGUCCCAUUCAUGGUCAUGGGCCGUGUAACAUAUGUACAUCACUACCUCCCGACACUCUACUUUGCUGUCCUCAUGGCUGCACAUCUCAUCGACCACUUUUUCCUGGCUUCUCGCCGUCUUUCAGAGCGCGCUAAGUGGAUCGUGUUCGGAGUGAGCGCAUCCGCGAUCGUGCUCAACUUCUGGUGGUUCAAGGGCGUGGCGUUCGGGAUUGAUGGCCCUGUCAACGAUCAUUGGGGAUUGCAUUGGCGCGAUUCUUGGAACAUCUACGACCUGUGAUCUAUAGCCCAACGUUCGAUUCUUUCGCUUUGUACAUAUCUUCACGGACAUGGCGUGGAGUAAACAAGUAGAUGUCCGUAAAUAACCUAGCGCGGAAGGUUCGCUCGCCUUUCAUACACCGAAUUUAUGUUGUUCUACUUGCUCCUC